AUGCACACUUCAACUAUUCCUUCGAGCCCUCAGCUACUUGAAGAGCCCCUUGUUAAGGAGAUUCUGAUAUCAGAUUCGAGUUUUGAAAUUCUUCUAUACAGACUGAAACAGAGUAUUAAAUCAUGCGACGAGUUUGCCAACUAUAUUCGAAAGAAGCACAGUUAUGAACAAGACCAUGCACGCGAUAUUCGGAAAACUACGUCGACGUGUAAGAGCAGCAUUAGAUCAAGCGGUCUAACGACAAAGGGAAGCUUUGCCCAGAGCCUCAGAGAUGUGAUAGCCUACGACGAUCGACUUGUGACUGACGUUAGAACUCCGUAUAUCAAGGCUUUGGAUACGAUGUACGGUGAGCUUUGUUCUCUAUCACAGAAUUUCACCCGAUUAAGGAAGCAACUGAAAGAGGAAGGUAACCGAAGAGAAAAAGAGGUAAUUGAUGCCAUUAAUCAGGCCGAGAAAUCGAAGAAUAAGUAUCAGUCCAUCUGUUCGGAUCUCGAAAAGCUUCGCAAUUCGGACCAAUCUCAAAAAAAGAUCACUCUUCAGGGCCGGAAAACCGGGUCUCAGCAGGAAGAAGAACUCACCCGUAAGUUGCACAUUGCAGAUACUGAUUACAACAAGAAAGCACAUUAUUCCCAAAAAUGCAAGAAUGAAUUGGUUGAAGUUCAUCGUCCGCAGAUCUCUUACAAAAUAAAAGAUUUAGUGUUGGAGCUGGACCAUGCUCUACAAUUACAGCUUUCAAAAUAUGCCGUGUAUAAUGAGUCGCUAAUCAUCGGUAUUGGCAAUCAAAUCUCUCCUAUAGCUCACAGUCACACUUCCAUGCAAGAAACCGCCUCUUCUGUCGACGUCGAGAAGAGUUUAUACAACUAUUUGAAGAACAGUAAGGUGAAGCACAAAUCAUCAUUCAUUCCUGUCAAUUAUGAGAGACAUUCUGUCUUUGGAGGGCUGACACCGGAUGGUUCGUUUGCCAAGAUUCCUCAAAGCGGUCAAAUAAUAGGUGCUUCAAUUGGUGCUCCAAUUAGUGCUCCAAUUAGUGCUCCAAUUGGUGCUUCUGGUCUUCAAUAUUCGGUUCCUCCUGCUCCCGUUUAUCGUACAACAGAUCCUCGGGCUAUCUCUCAAUCGUCAAUGCAGUCUAAUCCUAACUUGACAGGUCCAAGACCGUUGCCUCCCGUGGGAGCUGAGCCUGUUAUAGGUGCUACAAUUGGCACAGAUGAGAGUGCCUCAAAUGGCCCUACAACCACUUCGACUCCUUCUGGAAUUUCCGUUCCUAUACAAUCAUCUUACCGCCAAUUCCCAACACUUGACGUUGAAUCACAAUCUACUGAUGGAGCUCUCUUCGGUGUUCCGAUCGAUAAAGUGGCCCAUGAUGAUGAGAUGGUUCCUUUAUUUGCGAAAAGGUGCAUUGAACUUCUUGAGAAAUAUGGUGCGGACUCGGAAGGUAUCUAUAGAUCGAGUCCCAAUAAGGCCAAACUCGAGGAAUUGAAGGAGAUCGUAGAUAAGAAUCCGGAAGAUUUUUCUGUUCUAGAUCCUCCAGAUCCAUCCAGUAUCACCAACGAUUACGUGUUUGUGAUCGCAUCACUUCUAAAGAAGUUCUUUUCGAUGCUGCCAGAGCCCCUCCUAACACUUGAGCAAAGCGGAAACUUUCUGAAAGCUGCACAGAUUGAAGACAUCAAAACUAUGCAUUUGCAGCUUCAUAGAAUUGUAUUCGAGCUGCCGGAUGCAAAUUAUUUUACGCUGAGAGAUCUUCUAUUUCACUUUAUUCGCCUCAGCCAGAUACCUAAGGUGAGAAUGGGAGUUAGAAACUUGGCAAUUGUGUGGUCCAACAAUCUUUUUGCUCCAGGUAGUGCCACGACGACCGAAGAUCUACAGUUACAGCAACGUGUGGUGGAAGAAUUGAUUAAUGCUGCUCCAGAUAUCUUCAAUCCGGUAGACGACUGA